GACUUUGGACCCAAAGUGAACUUCAAGAAACGGAAGAUCCAGCUCGGCCCAUUCCAUGGAUUUCCCGAUUUCACAAAAUCACUGGUUGACAGGUUAACGCAGAUUCUGGUGGAUUUCAAGCCCGUGGAGUUGUGUCAUUUGGAGUACGUGCCCUCUCGUGGUUCUGCUAUCGAUCCUCACGUGGACGACACGUGGUUGUGGGGAGAGCGUCUUGUAACUGUCAAUCUUUUAUCGGACACUGUAUUGACCCUUAGUCCGGUGUUGUAUGCUGAAAAUCAUAUACGUUUAGAAGGUCACAAUCAAUAUAACAGUUCACACGAUAAUAAUAAAGUGAACAUAGCACUACGUGUACCCUUGACCAGAAGGUCACUCUUUGUCCUCGCGGGACCCCUUCGUCAUUCUUGGACUCACCAAAUCUUAAGAGAUGACGUGACAAGUAGAAGACUGGCCAUGACGUUCAGAGAACUAUCUCUCGAGUUUACACCUGGUGGACAAUUCGAGAAACACGGGCAAGAGAUGUUAUUUAUAGCAAAACGUUUCGUAUCGUUUGCGUCACAUUCUAAUUGAACAUAAAUCAAAAACAUUUGGAUUUACAGUAGUUAAUUAUUCCAUUUUAAUAAUUUCACUUUAGGUAACUCCUGGUGGCUAAUUAGGGAAUUAUUUUUUGCUUGUGUAAUGUCAGUGUUUCAGCAAAGCCUUCGAAAAGGGGAAAUGUGAAGACAGUUACUUUAACACACCUUCACUGACUGUUACAAUUUACAACCAGGAACGAAACACUUGUGAGAGUGUGACAUCACAGUGUCCAGGCCACACGUUCUCGAUAACCGUGGUUUCAGGGGGGGUGGGGGUGGAUAUUGUAUGACAGAAAGCGAGUUGAGUUGUUAAAAUAAACUAUUCGGUAUUGUUGUUGAAUCUGUGAAAUAUUUUAUCACGAACAGACUGACAUACACCCAGGGCCAUCUUGCUCCUCGGCCUGCAUAAAUACGUUUUGAUUAUAAAAGGAAAUAUUUACAUUUUCUCAUUUCCUUCACGUGCACACACACAUACGUAGGUAUGAUUCCGCCCCUGGGCUAUUAACGCAUCACUUGGGAGAUUAGAAACUUUUACAUGAGAAUAUGUAAAAAAAGAAAAGAUACAGGACGAGAUAGCCUUGGAAAUAUUACAGAUUAAUAAUUACCUUGAAUCGGUUGUUGAGAACUUAGUUAUAAAAUCUCUAUAACGAAAGACAAUGUAAAUGUUCGUUUACAGUUGUGUACUGAUACAGGUCUUUGUGUAAAUCCAUUAUUUCAUUUUUA